AAUGUGUCCUGUGUUUGUUCUUGCAGCAUCAGGCUGCUGGCGGUGCAGGACCUGCUGGACCGGGAGGCCCUGGAGAAGUUCUGUGUGGAGUUGAACCAAGGAACCCUGUCCAGUGUACGGAGGUGGAAGUGGGCACGAGGUCUGUGGAAAAGUUGUGUUUCUGACAAACCCACAGGACACUCCAACGAGCGAGCAAGUUACUCUGGAUUUCUGUGGGACAGCUCAUCCGGUAUCGACCUGAAGGAUGCAGCAUUCCUGACACCUCCUGUCGUCAAUGGCAACGGGAAUCACAGCUCUCCCCGAUUCUACCUGGCUCACUUUUCGGUGGGUUCACAUGAGCUGACUGUGGUCAACGUGCACAUGCAGCCUGCAGCGGAGCCUCACGGCAAAUCCGCCAGCCCGGACAAGACGGCGCGGCAGCACCUCGGUCGCAGCAUCCAGGAAACGCUCAAAGGUGAGAAGGAGCUGGUGGUGCUGGGAGAUUUCGGCUCGUCUCCUCAGAGCUCAGAUCUGGACAUUCUGAGAAAAGAGAAGUUCUGUGCGCUGGUUCCGUCCACUCAGUUCACCAACAUCAGCACCCGCUCGCCACAAGGCACCUGCUGCCUCGACAACAUCUGGCUGAGCCGCUCGCUCAGGAAGGUCUACUCCGGCCACUGCACGGUUGUGCGGGAGGGUUUGACCAAUCCUUGGAUCCCAGAUAACUGGUCAUGGGGCGGCGUGCCGUCAGAUCACUGCCCUGUGGUGGCGGAGCUUUUUGCAGACAUUGCCUGUAAGGAUUUCAGCAGGCCUGGUACGGUGGCGGUGGACAGAGACAUUUUGCCCAAACACGAGCGGUGAUGACCUCCACUGGGGCCUCGCAGGAACGUUGACCUGCCGGGAGCCUGCUCGGGCUCCAGGGUCCAGCAGAAUGUGAAGAUGUGCCGAGGUUUUCGGUGUACAGUUUCAGUCAGUGCCAGAAAAUGUCUGGAGGUGAAACGUACAUGUUGAACUUUAAGAGAAAUGUGCCAAACAUUUGUAUAUGUGUAUAAAAUAAAGAAUAAAGUGAAAUUAACAGACGUGAAGGUGACAAACACGAGCGUCGGGAGGCCGAUGACGCUCUGCAGCAGUGGAGGAAAUAUCAACUUCUCCGGCCUGUGAGACGCUCCGGUGGAUUAUGGGUAACCCCCCCGACUGUACACUGGUACCCGCUUUGUGCCUGUCACAUUACUCUCUCUACAGCUUCAUGAUGAUGGAGGAAAGAAGCCCCAAAGCAAACAUGCUGGGUGUAAAUUUGAGUAGUUUAGGAUUGUGAGUUUGGAAAAUUUAAUUCUGAUGGUCCAAACAUUCCUGAACCAACAAAAAUUCUGUUCCAGUUAAAGGAUCUAAUCAGUUCUACAGUUAAAACUGAUAUUUUACAAUAAAUAUGAUGUUGAUUGUAUGAAAUCAUUGAUAAGUCUGAAUAAUAAAUCCUGGUUUUCUUCUAAACUGCAGGAGACCACAGAG